GAAGGAGCUGUUGUCAACUUCGUGAAUUCGUGAAAAAAAGGCACGGGAAAAGGUGGCCGGGAAAAAGCCACAUCGCAAAACGGUCGUCCACGGCAUCUUCCUUGGUAUAACGAUACACCGUGUACCGUGUAGGGCAAGCUCCGAGUAGGCUUUGCAACGUAAGCGCUCCUCCUCCGGUGUGUCGGUUGCGCUGGUGCCGUUGAGCGUGGAGGUUUUCCCAGGUACACCACCCAAACGAUUUUCAUCUGCCGCUUGCUGAUUCAACGCCAACGUUCUUCUGUGUGCACGCGUGUGUGCAUACGCUUCAGUUGUGUGUCUGUAGCCGAAAAGGUCAACGAAUUAUUACGAUUCAGGAAAAAUCCUUCAUUUGUUGCGGUUCACCGAGACUCGCCGACAACAGACAGGUUGCACCGGAAUGGUGAAACGGAAGCCGCAGGCAAUGAUCGACUCGGAGAGUAGCAGCGAUUCGGAUUCCGGCUCGGAUUUGGAUUCGGAGCUGUUGUCGCUGGCGAAGAAGAAAAAGACAACCCGCCUGGCGUCGGCGUCACCGAACAAUGCGAAUCACAACCGUUCCGGAUCCGGGUCCGGAUCGGGCUCCGAUUCGGACGAUGAUGACGACGAUGAUGAUGAUGACGAUGACGAGGAGGAUGACGAGUCGGGCUCGGAUGCGAUGGCGAAGCGCAAAAAGAAGGGCAAACCGACCUCUUCCUCCGAAUCGGAGACGGAAGGAGAUGACGAUCGUAACCGUGGUAACGCACCAUCAACCGGGGCACCACCGCCAGGAGCAGCAGCAGCAGCAGCAGCAGCAACGACGGCAGCCGCACCUACUGCGACCAUCACCAACAGCAACAACAGCACAGUUGUCGGAUCUGGAGGUGUGAAACGGAAGCAACCGAUCGAUGAAGAGGAGGAUGAUGACAAAUCGGAACCUGAGGAGGGACAGGUUUCGUCCGAUUCUGACGGAGGCCAUAAGAAAGGCGGGGAUGAUUCGAGCGGUGGCGAUUCGAGUGAUGACGACAGUAGCAGCAGCAGUAGUAGCAGUAGCAGCGAUUCCGAGUUUAACGAUGGUUACGAUGAGAACCUUAUGGGCGACGACGAGGAUCGUGCCCGGCUGAAUGGGCUGUCGGAGAAGGAGCGAGAAACGGAGAUCUUCAAACGUAUCGAGCGACGUGAUGUGAUGAAGACACGGUGGGAGAUAGAGCGCAAGCUAAAACUGGCAAAGCGGGCCGAGCGUGCCCGGGAUAAGCAGGCCCAGCCAGAGAAGAAGAAGCGAAGAAAGGAGAAAAAGAAGGCACAAAAGAAGGCUGCUGCGGCCGCGGCAGCAGCAGCAGCGGCUAAUGCGGAAAGGGAAAGGAAGAAAGCGGCGGCGGCAGCUGCGGCACAAGCAUCGGCUGCCAAUGCGGCCGCAGCAGCGGCUGCUGCUGCAGCUCUUGCUGCUAAAUCCGCAAUUCCGCCAGCCGGUACCGAUGCACGGGACUCGCCGAAGCAGGUCGAUGGAAGCGACACGACGAUGACCGGAAUGGCGCGCACCGACAGUCGAUCCUCAUCCCCGGAGAAGAAGAGUGACGAUGUAUCGAGCGCUUCCGAAUACUUCGAUCCUAAGGAACGGUCUAAGGAGCGCAAAAAGACAGUUGAAGCGAACCGUACCGAUGAUAAGCGCAGCAAUGCAAUGGCUAUGCUGAAGGCGAAGCGUGAAGGUAAGGCAAAGCGAGAAGAGGAAGAAGCCAAGCGGGAAGCACAGCGGAAGCAGGACGCUAGCCAACAGGAGGACAAAGAAGAGCUGGACGAUGUGCCCGGCGGUAAAUCGCAGAUGAAGCUCAAGGCUUCCGAUAUCUACUCGGAUGAUUCCGGCAGCUCGGAUGAUGACGAUGAGGAUAAAAAGUCCGACCGAAGAUCCCGAUCAGGCGGUAGCGGUGGCAGUGGCAGUGGUAGCGAUUCGCGUUCUUCCAGCGAUUCGGAGGGUGAAGACAAGGACAAGAAGUCGGGCUCCGGGUCGGGGUCGGGCUCUGGGUCAGGUUCUGGAUCGGGUUCGAGCUCCCGGAAACCGGUAGCGAUCAGUACGAACGCGGAGCUGAACAAACUGCGAAUCUCGCGUCACAAGCUGGAGCGUUUCAUCAACCUGCCGAUCUUCGAGCCAACCGUCAUGAACUGCUUCGUGCGGAUAAACAUCGGCAACAACCAGGGCAAACCGGUGUAUCGUGUGGCCGAGAUCGUUGGUGUGGUGGAGACCGCUAAGAUCUAUCAAUUCGGACGUAGCCGCACGAACAAGGGCUUCAAGCUGAAGCACGGUAGCCAGGAGCGGGUCUUUCGGCUUGAGUUCGUCUCGAAUCAGGACUUUUCCGAUACCGAGUACCAGAAGUGGCUGACCGUGUGUGAGGCAACGGGCACACCGCUGCCGACGGUUGAUAUGAUCGAGCGGAAACAGCGGGACGUGAAGGAGGCAUCACAGUACGAGUUCAAGGAUGCUGACAUCGAUCGGUUGAUCGAGGAGAAGAACCGAUUCCGGGCACAUCCGACCAACUACGCAAUGAAGAAAACGAUUCUCAUGAAGGAACGCGACGCUGCACAGCUACGGGGUGACGAUGAUAUCGCGCGUGACCUCAGUUCACAGAUUCAGGAGAUCGAGGAGCGGGCCAGCACCCUAGACAAAAAGCGUAGCAGCAGCAUCAGUCUCAUCUCGUACAUCAACGAUCGCAACCGCAAGCGUAACGUCGAGGAUGCCGAGAAGGCGAUCAUGGAGGAGAAGCGGGCGAGCCGCGGCCAAAAGAUCGAGGAUCCGUUCACGCGCCGUCAAACGCAACCACGGAUGUCCUUCAAGAAGGACGAGAAGCGGGAAGAACCACAAAUGAUGUCGAUGCUCGCACCGCCACCACCCGGUCCGGGUAAGAAGAAGUCGGACGAGAAAAAGGGCCCCGGUGCGGCGGGUGGCGUACAAUCCGAUAACAACCUGUACUCGCUGCACGACUUCGAUAUCGAUCUAGAAGUUCCUCUACCAAUAAGCAGCGUAAAUGUGCUCCCGAAACCGGUGGAAAAGCCUGUCCGCGAAUCGGGACCGAAGCGGUCGCUCAAUCUGGAGGACUACAAAAAGAAACGCGGAUUGAUUUAGUUCCGUUUCGGUGGGCUUGUCCUUAUCGUAGGAUACGAGGCGAUAGAGAGUCGAGACAAUUGUGCAGCCAACUGAAGACAACAGGACCUAGGACCAGAACCUGGGGCACGGACGCGGCGGAAUUGUAUGAUACUGUACUUGCUCCGCAAACAUCUUAACCUGUAUAUUAUGGUUAUAAUUCCCCUUAGCGUAUGCGGGGAAACAAGAAUGGCAUGAGUCGCUGAUGAUGAUAUCGUGCCGCAUUAGGGAAUCUAUAUUUCCUAGUGCUUGUGUUUCCAUUUUAAUUUAUUCUGUCUGUUCCAUCCCAACCCUACCAUCACCAUGUCCCAUUGUCCUCUUUCGCCUAUUAACACCAUCCACCAUGGCUGGGCUUUCACACGAGCAUGAUCGAGGAUCGAAUUAUCGCUUGGCUGUACUCUACAGUUCCUGUGCAUCGUUUACGUCAGAAUGGGAAGGAUUGCGGAUUGCAAACAAUAAUGGGCGACGAAUGGGAGGAAAUUAAACAAAGCAAACAAAACACUCAAGCAAUGCAAAUGGCAUGUAGCUGGCGAUGAUCUAGGGUAUAGAAAAUUCUUAUUACCGACACAUUAAUAAACAGUAAUUACGCGAUCAAA